AUGCCUAACCCUAGGAUUUGGGGCUCCCUCCUCUUCCUUCUCCUCGCCGCCGCCGCUGCCGCGGCAGCAAUCCACCACCCUACCCCAAGGGACAGGCUGCGACACCGCGCCCCCUCCCCCGGCCGCCCGCACCUGCGCCCGCCGCCGCUCGCCCCGUCGUUCGACCGCGAGCAGCAGGAGUACCUCCGCGCUCACAACGACCUCCGCCGCCGCGCCGGCGUGCCGCCGCUCGCCUGGGACCCGGUCCUCGCGGCGGAGGCGCGCUCCUGGGCGGAGCAGCGCCGCGGGGACUGCGACUACCGCCGGCACUCGGCCAGCCGGUACGGCGAGAACAUCUUCUGGAUGAGGUACAGGGAGUUCGAUCCGGCGGACGCCGUCGGGUACUGGUUCGGCGAGUGGAGACUGUACGACCACGCGACGAACACGUGCCGGUGCCGGCCGGAGAGGAACGGGUGCGAGUGCGGCCAUUACCUGGGCGUGAUAUGGAGCACCACCAGGCGGGUCGGGUGUAGCGGUUCGGUUUAUUGCAAGCACCAGCAAGGGGUGUACGUAGUCUGCAACUACGACCCGCCCGGUUUGAUCCCUGGGGUUGACCCGUUCACCGGUUUGAAGUUGAAAUUGAAUGGAUUUAACCCGUUAAUAGAUCUGCAUUGA